AUGCCUUCCGCCAAAGUAUCGCCUUCAUUGCCGACAGCAAUGCCCACAACUCGUGCACUAAACCAACAAUCCAUCAAAACUAUCAAAAGCUCAGAUAAUUCCCGUCAAUUAAGUCCAUUGCUUACUGUUAAUCAAUUAGAUAAUGACUCCAACUAUUUUGCCAAUGACUUAAUAGAUACAGAUGUAAAAUGUAAUAAAAGUGAAAGCAAUGGCGUGAAGCUAACACCUUAUGAAAGUGUUAUCAAAUCACUUGAAAGUAAUGAUGUUUGGAUGAGAGACAUAACUUUGGGUCGAAGGGUUGGCUUCUAUCUGUUCAAAGGAGAUGUCGGCUCCGGAAACUUCUCACGUGUCAAAGUAGCUCAUCAUUCACUUACUAAAGAAAAAGUGGCAAUAAAAAUAUUAGACAAAUCUAAAAUGGACGCAAAAACUAGAAAAAUGAUUUUAAGAGAAAUUAAUUCAAUGGAAACGCUUCAUCAUUCAAAUAUAAUAAGUUUGUUUGAAGUAAUAGAAACCAUUUCAAAGAUACAUUUGGUGAUGGAGUUGGCGCCAAACGGAGAGUUAUAUCAAUUAAUCCAAAGAGAUGGUCGACUCAAUGAAAGUGUCGCCAAAUGUUUCUUCGCGCAGAUUGUGUCGGCCAUUCACUAUAUGCACAACAAUAAUAUUAUACAUAGAGAUAUUAAGUCUGAAAAUAUAUUUCUUAUGAAUGAGAAAACUAUAAAAAUAGGAGACUUUGGUUUUAGUACACAAAUUGAUACAUUUAAUGCAUUAUUAUCAACAUUUUGCGGAUCUCCACCUUAUGCGGCACCCGAACUGUUUAAGGAUCAAAGUUAUGUCGGACCAUAUGUUGACUACUGGGCUUUAGGUGUUUUACUUUAUUAUAUGGUCACCGCUAUCAUCCCAUUCAAAGCUAACACUAUAUCAGCACUAAAACAGUUAAUUAUUGGAUGUAUUUAUGAAAUACCAAAUUAUUUGAGUGAAGAUUGUAUUGUUAUCAUCAAAGGUUUACUACAAAUUGAAUGUGAAAAACGAUUAAAUUUAGAUCAAUUAAUGGAGUGUCAGUGGCUUAAAGGACAGACAUUUACCGAAGGUUUACCUAAAUAUAAUCUCAAAGAUAUUGAUUGGAAACAAAAUAAUAAUAAUAAUAUAAAUGAGUGUUUAUCUAAUGAGGAACUUAGUGCUUAUAGUCAACUCUGGAAAUUAGGCAUAACUAAUGUAAUUAUUGCUAAUCACACGGAUAAGGGAUCCAAAAGCAACAUAACCGGCAAAAAACAUUCAGAUUCAUCAUAUAAUAACAAUAACAUCAAUAAUACUAAUGAUAUUACAAAUCAUAAAAACACUUCUAAACAAUCAAAAUCGGUAUUAAAGUCAUUGCGAUCGAUGAGAAACAUAUUCAUAGAUAAGACAACACAUCCUAAAGUACCGAAACUAAUCCAAAGUCACUCUCUCGAUGACAAACAGUUGUCACCAAAACAUUUGAGAAAAUCACGAAAACUUCAUAAAUCUAAAAUAUGUUAUAUUGUGUAA